CUGUGGAGGCGGCGGCCAUCUUGCCGGCGGAGCGAUGAACGGGUCGAACCCCAAGGCUUCGGCCGCGGGGACUGCAGCUGGGUCCGGGGGGCUGGUGGCUGGCAAGGAGGAGAAGAAGAAGGCGGGGGGCGGCGUCCUGAACCGGCUCAAGGCGCGGCGGCAGGCGCCCCAACACGCGUUCGGCGACGGCAUCGGGACGGUGGUCACCGAGCAGGAGCUACUGGCGCUGGACACCAUCCGGCCCGAGCACGUCCUGCGCCUCAGCCGGGUUACCGAGAAUUAUUUGUGUAAACCGGAAGACAACAUCUACAGUAUUGAUUUUACUCGCUUCAAAAUUCGAGAUUUGGAGACGGGGACAGUGCUUUUUGAGAUUGCCAAACCUUGCAUUGCAGAUCACCAGGAGGAGGUGGAGGAAGAGGAGGGUGGAGAUGUAGAUAUCAGUGCAGGACGUUUUGUCCGUUACCAGUUCACACCAGCAUUUCUCCGCCUCCGGACAGUUGGUGCUACAGUGGAGUUCACAGUAGGAGACAAACCUGUCUCAAACUUCCGGAUGAUUGAACGGCACUAUUUCCGGGAACGCCUGCUGAAAAACUUUGACUUUGAUUUCGGCUUCUGCAUCCCCAGCAGUAGGAACACUUGUGAACAUAUCUAUGAGUUUCCCCAGCUUUCAGAGGAUGUCAUUCGUCUGAUGAUUGAAAACCCUUAUGAGACUCGCUCUGACAGCUUCUACUUUGUGGACAACAAGCUGAUAAUGCACAACAAGGCUGAUUAUGCCUAUAAUGGAGGCCAGUAACUGCUGCAGCAGGGGUGGACAGAAGAGGUGCUUUGCUAGGGCCCAGUGGUCCUGGCACAUGGAUGGGAUUGAAGCUCCUAUUUGUCAGCAGACAUCUGGAAGCAGUCCAGGAGGCUAAGGCUGGGGUGGCAGUUUCCUCUGCUCCAGGGAGGUGCCAAGCAGUGUUGUGUUUUCCCUUUUUUCCCUGUCCCUUAGAUCACAGAGGUAUAGUGAAGUAAAAGAUUAGAGUAAGGCUUCUGCAAUCCACAUUAAAAAGGAAGUUUAUUUUCUUGUAGUUCUAGCUAUCUGCUGGUUACACUGAUGAACCUCAGUCUGUCUAGCACAGCAGUCUCCAGCUGAGGCUAUAGCUGCCACCUGCAGGUUAGUGGUCCUUCUAGACAGGAAAAGGUGGGCAUCUCCUGGAGACCUCUUCUCACUUCUUGUGUUGUCCGUAGCCCAGCCUGCCCCAGACUGCACAUAGUCUUAAACCAACUGGAAAAAACUUGGUGCUGAGAGUGGAAGCACCUGUAAUGACAGAUCUUGCCAGACCAAAGGACCCUUUCAUGGUGAGCCUGUUUAUCUGUCUGACUUCCUGGGGAUACACCAAGGUUUUAGCCUGGUAGUGCCUUCUUAUUCUGGGGGACAGAUGUACUUCUCUGCUGCUUUGUCCUCCUGACUUAAGCAUCUCCUAGAGUAGAAUGUGUCAUUUUUGCUCAUGGAACAUAAUACCUGUUAAGCCCAGAGCAGGCUCUUGUGGUUUUUUUUUCCCCAGACUCCUAUAGGGAGUUUUUACAAAAUGUCAGUGGUGUUUCCAGCACAUGUGAUGUGUGUUUAGACUUCUGAUAGUAUUGAUCAGCCUCCUGGGGCUAAUCUGGCUCUUGUUAAGGGAGGUACAGUUACAAAGCAGCAGUUCCUUUAAGGAGAGAUUUGACUUUCUCUACACACAGCAUAGCCUGAAGAAUUGGCUUCUAAAGGAGAUUUGCCUCCUAACUGUGGAUUUCUUACUUAGGAGUUUUCCUAUCCUGUUUCUAAUGAAGUAGUUUCUGGAAUCAUCUGGCUUGAUUCUGCCAGAGCUAAGUAAUUCGUAUUCAGAUCCUUUAAGCUGCUAGCUGGGAUUAUUUGAGGUGUUUGGAAAGGUGGAGAUAGGCUGAGGUAGCCUGUCAGAGUGACGAGUUCUCCAAACAGCUCCCUCCCAUUUCCUGUGGGCUGCUUCUGUCCUUGGACCCUUAUGGGACAGACUCCCAUCUCCUCAGCUGCCUAUGGUUGUCUCUGUGAGUGGCUUUAGGUGCUUAACCCAGAUUUCAGGGCCCCCUUCUAUGGCCAGGGCCCACUUAGCAUUAAUGGAAAGAGGACCAGGUGUGUAGUAAGGCAGUGUGAGGCAUCACUGUACCUGUGACAGAAGCUGGAUCCCAAGGUUCUUAGAGGAAAGGCCAUGUGUGGCCAGCGAAAGAAGGACCAGCACUGUGCCCCAGAAGCACAUGUGCAUUCUUUAGCCAGUGUUCCUGUUGGGCUUCUAGAGCACGAGUGGCCCUGACCCUCAACGCAUACUUUGUGCCUGUCCAAAGAAUUGGUGAUACCGUAUGCUGGCAGCUUUCUCACUAAGAAAACUCUGGAUUAUCCUGAGUGCUGGUACUGGAUUCACCUGCCGAGGGAAGAUGGGGACUGUGCCCUGCCACGUAGGUGCCUCAUCACCAUACUACUGGUGAAUCUCAGAAUUGGAGUCAGCUCCAAAUCCAGGUGCCUUAAGUGUGGCUCUGUCCUAUAUGCUGCUGGGGAAAGCUGUUGCCUUCAUUCCCUUCUCACCUGUGGACAGACAUCAUCACCCACUAUCUCCCUACCUCCUUCUCUUUCUUACUGUGGCCUUUAGUGAGAUUUACCUAUUCCUGUCAAACUUCAGAUGUUCCUUCCUUUGUGUGACAGAAGCCCAUUUGGGAGCACUUCUGCUGCCUGAAAUUUAAACAUUACCUAGGAUGUGUAUUCUGGAGCUUCCCAGAGCUCUGCUCUGUAGAGCCUGUUUUGAAAAAUGGGCCCCAGGAAAGGCAGUUGCAUGGACACUAGUGGACUGUCUCUUACCUGCAGUGUUACCUUUUCCUGGCAAAGCACCCAGGAGAUGGAGGAGCUGGCACUUUGGCUUGAGCAGUGCAAUAGCCCCUUCCCUGUUAACUUACUUUAGUGUUGCUGAAGAUCUUUUUUGAAGCUGGGUGUUCAGUUGUGUUCAGCAGGGUGGGAUUUGCUGUCCUCUUGCUUUUGAAGGGCCAGUGUCGUAUGUGUCUAGCUGUGCAGGAAAUCUUGAGAAGCAUUACCGUUCUAGGUUUGGCUGCGAUGAAUUUAAAAUUGAAGCUUCCAACUGAAUGUGGUGGUACACACCUAUAAUGCCAGCAGUAGGGAGGAUGAGGCAGAAAGAUUGCCCUAAGUUUUAGGCCAGCCUGGCUAUAUAGUGAGUUCAGGGCCAGCCUGAACUGCCUGCAGAGUGAGACCCUGUCUCCAAAAACAAAAGAAUUCAAGCUUCCAUACCUGAAUCGAGGGGAGAAUUAGAAGUCGUACUUCCUCUCAAAGUGACUAAGUCAAUCAGAAGUUGAGUCAGGAAGCCUGCUAUCAAGAAAUUUUUAUUACUGAUAGCAGUUACCUGGUUGAUAGCGGGUAACUAUCAACCAGUUCCUUGCAUGGGGAGACCAUUCCUUUUGUCAAGAGCAGGCUUCCUGGAGGGAUCUUACUGCAGCAGGCAGACAGGCCCACCUGGAGCCCUCGACCUUCUUUCUCCUAGAGCCUCUGUCUUUGAAUUCUUCACAGGGCUUCUGCUUUUCUCUACGGCCUUUGGGCUAAGCUGCCAUUCUAGAAGAUUCUGGCUUAUUUCAUUCUGUGUUCUAAAGCAUAAACAUAGGAAGGUGUAGUGACUAGAAGUCAAUGGGAGCUAAAAUAGGCUGUCAUUUCAUUCUGUGUUAGCUCAGAGCUGUUGGGGAGAAAACAUUCUUCAGGAUCGUGGCCUUCCUGAAGAUGUCUAGGCCUUGGGCAUCUGAUUCCUGACACCUAGGGAUAGUGAUUGGAGAUCCCUGGGGCUGACCAUACACUGGCGGUUCUUGGCACAGCAUUGACUAGACAGACUUUAGCAUAGCUUUCCAGUUGGAGUGGAACCCUUUUCUGGACUGGAUUUAGUAGGCUGUGUCUAAUGUACAUAGCGGUGAAUCCUACCUUAGUUGAUCCUGCUUCCCUUGGUGGGGUCCCAAGUAUGUUUUUUUUUUUUUUUUUUUUUUCCUCCAUAGAGUCAUUUUCUUCUAUGCCCCAUGCCAUCAGUGAGGUUUGGGAAUGGGUAAAAUUUGUCCUGAAAAUCACAGCCCAGACUCCUUAGUGUAUACUUGGUAGAGACCCUAAUUGUCGAACCUUCUUGUUGCUUAUACCAUGUUACAGAACACCUUAGUCUCAAGAUGGAUCUGGUGGAAGUGGGCUUACCUCUUGCUUUACAAAGAACCAUGUGACGUCAUUGAAGUUGCGAAAGUCUAUUUUUUCCUUGCAGAUGUAUUUUUCACAGAAUAUAAGAAAUGUCAAUGACCUGAACUGUACUUUUUUCUCUUCUUUCACCCAAGAUCCUUACUCCAGUUUGUACUGUUUUUGUGUCCAAAGUAAAUUAGGUGAAUUAUUUGUAUAAAAUGUUAUUUUGCCACAAGAGACAGUAAUAAAAGAAAAAUUUUUCACAGUA